AUGUCGAGCUUUCCAGAUGGCGCCGGCCAAAGUCACGCUUGGAACUACGUGCUUUACUUGCUGCGAUCGAUUGAGCGCCUUGCAGACAUCACAUCUUAUUGUCAUCCUGUGCGGUUGCUCGGUGAGGGGCUGGAAUGCAAGGACAGUGAUCUCUUGCUUCUGGCCCAGGGGCAUGAGUUGUGGAGCACUUCCUUUGUGGACGCGGGGUCGCCAUCGUGGCCACGAGAUGAAAUCGUGCCAUAUAUACACGACGUUUUGCAUUGGGCCGCUGCGACGGUCAUUUGCAAUCGGCGGCUGUUUACAUGCAGACGGCAGGCCGUUGCACGGACAGUCAAGAAGGGGAUGGGAGCAACUGCGCUUGCUUUGCGCUUGCACGACCGAUUUCCUGCAGCCUGGGCGGCGGAGAGACAAAGUUUGCGGAAUGCAUUCGGCAAGCUGAAGCGAUCGCUGCUGGCGCAUGCGGUGUCUGAACGCGAUCGACCCAGGUUGCUCAAAGCAAAGGCGCCUGAGGAGCCUGUGUCAGCACAGCAAGAGAGUUACAAACACUUAGCGCUGCGGGUGCCGCGAGCACUGGAAGCCUCCCAGGCGCUGCAGGUACAGCAGGCGACAGCAACGGCAGCGAUGCUUGAAUUUGAAGUGACAGAUACUGCAGAGCACAUCGAUGCAUCAACACUGCACGAAGGGCGAAGCGCAACUCUUCAUUCGCCGAGCUCUGGACAGGGGCUUUUCAUAAUUUCCGACCAGCAUUGA